AUGUACUCCUCGACCCUACGCCCCCGCCACCCUACAACAUCUACAACAAGAACAACCACCACCACCACCAAACCGUCGACAUCCUACCUCCUCCCCACAACAACAACCUGGCGCCACCUCCCCACCUACACCACCCUCCACCACGAGACCUUCAACAUCUACACGCACCUCCUCCCCGCGCUAUUAUGCCCCGUACUGGGGAUUUUUACCUCCCUGCCCCCGCUCCACAUUCUCAGCUGCACGGUGUGCCUGGGGCUCUCGGCCGCCUACCACGCCAACAACCACCAGUCGCCAUACGCACUGAAGGCCGACUACUGCGGGAUCCUGCAGUUGUUGGUGAUUAAUUUUGCGACGGGGUUGCAUUAUGCGUUUGCUGCGGAGGCGGAUCGGAAGUGGCGGGAUGUGUAUAUAUGGAUUGUGAGGUUGUCCCUACCCCUGCCCCUGCCCCUGCCCCUGCCCCAGGAUGAGAAACUGUCUCCAGUGGAGAAGAAUGGCUACUACAGCAGCAGCAGCAGCAACAGCAGCAGCAGGAGGACUAUCGACAUCAUCACUACCACUACCGACAGUAUCACCGCGGACAGUGUUGACAGCGCCUCCACACGUACACCACCAGACACCACCACGAAGAAAAGACCAGAGGACCCCCACCGCACCCUGCGCGUCACCUCGCUCAUCCUCACCGGCCUCACCGCGCUGAUCCCCAUCACCCACCUCUACCACCUCCACGAUGUCCGCUACCUCCUCGCCGUCGGGGUGGGGUGGUACACCCUGGAAGGAAUGGCGUUGAUCCUUGGGGCGGUGGUGUAUUUGAACAAAAUCCCCGAGAAGUGGUUCCCGCAUACCACCGUGUUCAUGCUGUGGUCGUCGCAUGCGUUUUGGCAUGUGCUGGUGCUGGUGGGGAUGAUGGCGCAUACGAUGGGCUUGGUUUGUGCGAUGGAGUUUGCUGUGCGAGAGGCACAGGAUGUUUUGUGA